GCACUGCGUCUCGCUCCGUGUUUUGGUCAUACCGAGAGUGUGGAUAAUGGACCUUCCACAGGGGGAAAUCAACAUAUCGAUUGAUUCAGCUGAUGAGGAGUACCAAAUAUUUCUUAGUUUACACGAAGCCGCUCUUAUGUCAUGUAGAAUACCUCCCCUGUACUGGAAAAGCUUGUAUUAUAAACUUUCCAAUGAGGUGUUUGAUGCAGGGGAAGUGUUUGGGGUUAUGCAUGUGGAGCUGGAAGAGGAAAGUGAAGUGGAAGAAGUAAGGAGAUCAAACCCAGGAGCUGAAGUGACCUGCAAAGUAAUUGUGAUGCGCCAAAGUGGCCUGCAGGCUACUGACCCCAGCAGUGUGUUCCUCGUGGACCAUGCCUGGACAUAUCGAACAGAGAACGCAAGGCAGCAGUUGGAGACUACACCUGGCUUGUUGGCUCGUAUGGCUGUUCUCAUGGGUGUGGACUUUCAUGGUGAGGUCCCUGAUCCAGACGUCGUGGAGCAGGUGCUUACCCAUAUGUGGAAGUACAACCAGACCUACCAGCUGUCUCAUGGGUCAGCUGAAGACAAGGUGCCUGUGUGGUACAUCAUGGAUGAGUUCGGGUCCCAGGUGCAGCACUCCAGUCAGCCCACUUGCUGCAUGGCCCCCUUCUUUUUCGGACCCCAGCAAAUGGCAUAUUCUAUCCUGUGGCCCCUUCAGGAUCUGGGCUUUGAAGAGGAAGUGACACGUGAUUAUGCUUAUGGUGAGAGUGACCCCCUAAUAAGAAAGUGUCGCCUGAUACCCUGGGAACCCUCUGACCUGCGAAAUGUGAGCAGUAUGACUCCUGAACCUUCUGAUAUAUAUUAUGAGGCUAUCUCACGGGAGAACAAGGAAACCCUUCCCCUCCAAAUCGAGCCUCCCAGUUUCCCAAAAGAAAAAGUAUUUAAGGUUUACACUGAGAUGAAGCAGGUCCAGGAGAACCUCAGACACCCUCGCUUCCAGCUCACCGACAGCAAGGAAGAAGCUGACAUCCUCUGGCUCUUCUCCCACAUCCGGGAUUACAGGAAGCUGAGUGAGGAUCGACCACAUGUUCUUUUGAACCAGUUCCCCUGUGAGACCAUUGUCACAGUGAAAGACUGCCUGGCUGCGAUUGCACGGAGAGUAAGGGAUGGCCAGGGAGCUGAAUGGCUUCCUAAGACUUUCAACCUACAGACUGAGCUGCCCCAGUUCAUCAGCCAUUAUCAACAGAACCAAGAGAGGGGGCUGGACAACCAUUGGAUCUGCAAGCCCUGGAACUUGGCACGGGGUCUCGACACCCACAUCUCCAAUGACUUAAGCUACAUUAUCAGACAGAGGGAGAGCACCCCAAAGGUGGUAUGCAAGUACCUGGAGGAUCCUGUGUUGAUCAACAGGGAGGAUGUGGGCUUGGUGAAGUUUGACAUCCGCUACAUGGUUCUCCUGCGCUCUGUCCAGCCUCUGCGUCUCUAUGCUUACAACGUCUUCUGGCUGCGCUUUUCCAACAGGCCCUUCUCUUUGGACAACUUUGACGACUACCAGAAACAUUUCACAGUCAUGAACUAUGCAGAAGGAGCUCAGCUGAAACAGGUUCACUAUGAUGAAUUCAUCCCUAUGUUUGAAACUCAGUACCCUGAACAUCCGUGGAACAAGGUUCAGAAGGAGGUGUUCAAGGCAUUUGGGGAGCUUUUCCAGGCAGCCUCCACUCACCCUGCUCCAUACGGGAUCUGCGCUUACCCCUCGUCCAGGGCUAUCUAUGCCAUUGAUCUCAUGCUCAAAUGGGCCCCAGGUGGCCAAGCAGGUGAGAGAAUCAUGAGGCCACAGAUCCUAGAGGUCAACUUCAGUCCGGACUGUGCCCGUGCCUGCCAGUAUCAUCCCCACUUCUACAAUCACAUGUUCCAGACACUCUUCUUAGACCAAGCUGAAGAUUGUCCUGUCACUGUCAUAGUGUGACACGCAAAUGGAUCGGCAAGAGAAUUGUGAUGUAAAGAUGUUUCCUGGCUAAUAAAAAAAAAAAAAUGUGGUUUUGCUUUCA